CAGUGCCAGUGAGCAUCCCUCUUGUCUAUCAGAAGUUAACAGAGACCCAGUCAUCUAGCACCAGGCACAGUGACUGUGACCACUGCUGGAUACAGAAAUGGCUAACAAUUUUACUACCCCACUGGCAACGUCUCAUGGCAAUAACUGUGAUCUCUAUGCACACCACAGCACAGCCAGGAUAUUAAUGCCUCUGCAUUACAGCCUGGUCUUCAUCAUUGGGCUGGUGGGAAACCUGCUGGCCUUGGUUGUCAUUGUUCAAAACAGAAAAAAAAUCAACUCAACCACUCUCUAUUCAAUGAACUUGGUGAUUUCUGACAUCCUGUUUACCACAGCUUUACCCACUCGGAUAGCCUACUAUGCGCUGGGCUUUGACUGGAGGAUAGGUGAUGCCCUGUGCCGGGUAACUGCUCUGGUGUUCUACAUCAACACGUACGCAGGUGUGAACUUCAUGACUUGCUUGAGCAUAGACCGCUUCUUCGCUGUGGUGCACCCUCUGCGCUACAACAAGAUUAAAAGAAUCGAAUAUGCAAAGGGUGUCUGCCUGUCCGUCUGGAUUCUGGUCUUUGCUCAAACACUGCCGCUGCUCCUCAACCCUAUGUCUAAGGAGGAGGGAGACAAGACUACUUGCAUGGAAUAUCCAAACUUUGAAGGGACAGCGUCUCUGCCGUGGAUUCUGCUCGGAGCCUGUCUGCUGGGCUACGUGCUGCCUAUCAUAGUCAUUCUCCUGUGUUACUCUCAGAUCUGCUGCAAACUCUUCAGGACUGCCAAGCAGAACCCACUCACAGAGAAAUCUGGUGUGAACAAAAAGGCUCUCAACACAAUUAUCCUCAUCAUCGUCGUGUUCAUCCUGUGCUUCACACCCUACCACGUGGCCAUCAUUCAGCACAUGAUAAAGAUGCUCUGUUCCCCUGGAGCCCUAGAGUGCGGGGUGAGACAUUCCUUCCAGAUCUCUCUGCACUUCACGGUGUGCCUGAUGAACUUCAACUGCUGCAUGGACCCGUUCAUAUACUUCUUUGCAUGCAAAGGGUACAAGAGAAAGGUCAUGAAGAUGCUCAAACGUCAAGUGAGCGUGUCAAUCUCCAGCGCAGUGAGGUCAGCCCCUGAAGAGAAUUCUCGGGAAAUGACAGAGUCUCAGAUGAUGAUCCACUCCAAGGCCUCCAAUGGAAGGUAAAGGCACUUGGGACUUCACAACACAGCAAGCUGCAGGAUGGGCCCCGCCCACUGACUGGUCUGCUACCAACCAGGAUGCCUUCCACUGCCGCCCCACCGGUCAGACCAGAUCGAGGAAACAAAAAAAGCAAGUUCAACUUCAUAAAUGAAAUAUAAUGUAUAUAAAGGAAGGCUAUCAUCAGUCUCAAUGUAAAAAGAAAUUCUCUGUGAAAUUACUAUUUCUUGUCAAUAGUUUGGCAAAAGGAAGACGACUAAUUGUACUGUAUAUUGCCAGUGUAAAAAUGUUAAUACUGUAAUAUAUGGAACAUACUUCUUAAUUUACACCUCUUUCAAUUUUAGAUAUUGUCUCCUUAGUAAUAUGUUUUUGUUUGUUUGUUUGUUUUGUUCUGAGACAAAUGUUUUAAGAAACAUUUUGUGAGAUAAAGAACAGGAUCGAACAAGAGUAUUAAUAUGUCACUGUCAACCACCAGCAGAACUUCUAAGUAUAAUUAAUGGAAGGUAUAUUUGAAGAGCAAUGGUAGAAAUGCUGGUGAUGACAGAGGUGACAGAAGCAUCAAGCCCUUCCCUGAGCACCCAGGAUAGUGCCUUUGGACCACUGCUCGGAAACACGACAGGGGCUCCCACACAGCAUCCACUGAAAACAUGUGCGUGUGCUACCUUCCUUUCUGGAAUAGAAAACAUGCACAUAUGCUUUGGGACUUUUGUUCAGUUGGUAGUACCUGGUAUCUACACAGUGGUAGAGUGGGCUAUGAGAACUGGAACAAUGGGGAUUACAAUUAUAACUGCCAUGCUUGCAUAAGUAACUCAGGCAGUUAAUGAACAAUUUGUAAAUUAGUAGUUUUCAGGAAUUUUUUCCUUUUUGUAUGUUUGCCUGCAUACAAGUCAGUGCACCACAUGUGAGCAGUGCCUGCAAAAGCCAGAAGAGGGUGUCAGAUCCCCUGGGACUAGAGUUACAGAUGGUUGUGUGUCAUUACGGAGGUGCUGAAAAUCAAACACGGAUCCUCUGGAAGAGCAGCUGGUGCUCUUAACCACUGUACCUUCUCUAAAAACCGUUUUUUCCCCCUUUUGAGACAGAGUCUAGCUAUGUCAGUCUUGCAGGCUUGGAAGUCUCUAUGUAGACAGGCUAGCCUUAGACUGGAGUAUGAACCUCCUGCCUCCUUAGUGAUGGAACCACAGGUGUGCACCAUGUCCUGCUGCGGUUCUCUGUAAUGUUACACACCUGCUUAUACAAAUACGUUAAUGUGUGCAGCAUGGUCUUCCUAAGUUCCUAAGCACUGUUUGCCUGCUCAAAUUUGCUAUGCUCCAGCCCUAAAAUUUCUCCAGUACAGUAUUUCACUUGGCAAUGAUAUCAAUUUAUAUAAUAGGGAAGGAAUAAAACACUAUACCACGAGCCAUAAUUUCAAUUUUUAUUGAGCUGUAUGC